CAAGUCCCGCUCCGGGGCUGGCGCGGCCAUGUUUGUUUGGGGCGCCGUCCCCAGGGAUGGCCGGAGGAGCGGCGCUGUCUGUGGCGCCACACGGACAUCGACCUGCGUGUGUGGGUUCCCCGGGGGCUGCUCCUCUGCAGCCGUGGGCCAGACUUGGGGCUUUGAGUGAACAUGGACUUUCUGUGGUGCUGGGAUCGGGUGGCUUUUUGGUAAAACGGCAAACCAAGAGAAAACGUGGCGCAAAACACUACAGGUUUUGCUGCUGGAAGUGAUGAAAAUGCCAGCUACGCAAAGAUCGGGGAGUACUACAGCAUUCAUUGUUCAAGAAGCAAUUACAUUUACCUUUUGGACUGAGUUGUGUGUUGACAUGAUUUUUCAGAGAACAUCCUGCAGUGACUGCUAAGUUUUUUCUUUGAGUUCUAAUAACUCAUCUGGAGUACAUCCCUCCGUGUGUAUAGUUACAGUUGCUUUUCCAAGUUGAGUGAUUCACAAUUAGCAAUACUAAAUUUCACCUACCUCUUUACUGUGCUGUCAUUCAGUGUGCUACAGUCCUCCUAUGGUCCUUCUAGGAUGAGAGAGUGGCAAAAGGCCAGCUGUUGUAAGGCAUGUGAGAAAAAAUUCGCAAGCAGCACCAGGACUCCAGGAAUACACCUCACAUCCAUUUCCAUUGAGACUUAACCAGCAGAGAACAUAACAUUCUUUUGCCUGGUUCAGACAGGCAUCUCUGGACCAAGAAAUUAUAAAGCACUGCUGAUAAAAGCUAAAGGUUUUAAUUUUUUUUACCUUUUUUUUUUUUAAGAAUUCAGCAGUGAGGUUGAAAUCUUGAAGUAGAACAUAUUUAAAAUCAGACAGUGAAAGCAAUGAAGGAUCCGUAUUUUUCCUGCACAGAAAUUUUCAAUGAACAAAAAACAAGGAACAGCAGAAAUCUUGGAUGGAACUCCACAAUGUGCAAUCAUGUGAGAUGUGCAAGUAGGGUAAAAUGCACUGUUCAUGCCAAUCUGUAGGUAACCUCAUAAUAAACCAUGCAAAAGAAUCAUUUGGGCUUUUGCUUUGCCUAUUUAAAAAAAAAAUAAGGCAUUGCCCAGGAACCUACUUCAUUGUACCCAACAUCUGGAAUUUUCCUUUUCUGCACAGAAGGUACAGGGGAAACCAGUCUCACAAAAUUACUCUUUAGAUAACUUAAAAAUUAUGAGCAUUUUUACAAAACAAACCAUAUACUAUUUCAAAUGAUGUUUCUUUCACUGAAAAAAAUGACCCAAACACUCAUCCAGUACUGAAACCUUGUUAUUGUGAAGGGCUAUUUUUUGAUUAUGUAGGUUUUAUGUUGGUACCAGUUUUGCCAGGCUUUGUUCCCUACUUGGUGUCCAAAGCUUGUGCUUACCUGAGCUUACUCAACACUGUAAAGAAGUGCCCUGGAGUCAUUCAGUGAAUUUUUUAAAGAGGGAAAUGUGGGGAGUACCAGGGCAACCCCAUGGGUACUUCAUGUUACUGGAGAGUCCCUAAAUGCACAGUUGUGAGGAGGAAAGCAAGUACUUAGCAAGGCCUGGCCACCAGACGACUGCAGUGUGCCUUCUAGAGAUACAGGUGACCAGAACUUUGCUCUGCCAUGGUUUCUUUUCCAGACCAAAACCAAAAUACCGAGGCUGAUUCUUGAAUGUCUGGGCUUUGUCAUUUCUGCUAGCAGUCUUGAUUUGCCAAAUUGUGAGGGGCAAUCUCUUGCCCUAGAGAUCUUUUGUUCUUAUUGUCUUGCCACAUUUUGUGCAAUCAGCAUUUCAGUUAACCACUUCUAACUUUCUAUCAGUCAAGUUCCUUCUUAAAAAAUAGAGUUUAAAUACCCUGAAAUGUAAAAGUCAGAUUAAAAUCCCUUUGACAUGACCAGUCAUGGUUUGCUGAAUACAAUGUUCUAAGAUGUCUCAAGAUUGGACAGAAGCUGAUCUGGAUUGACAAGAAUCCUAGAAAAAUGGGAUUAACUAGGUGAAUGUGCUGAUCUGAUAAAACAUGGAAGUGGCUACAAGACAACAGGUCAGACAUUUGACAGUAACAUGGCAGAGUUUGGAAUUAUGAAUUAUAUCAAAUGUCAGUACUAUGCCAACAGGCAAGAUGUCAUUCAGUUGUCUUAUGGAAACUCUAGUAAAGUAUAGGUCUGUGCACAUUAUUCCUUUGCUUUCUACUAAUGUUUUAUUUAGGCCACUAUUUUGACAAUAUCAGGAUAACUUCUUUUGGUUUGACUGUUUAUUUAAAGAGCAGAUGAUAUCUAAAACUUCAAAUAUGAAUCAUUCUAAGCCUUUCCAUCAGGGUGAAAGAACACACUUGGCACACACAUACAGGAAACAACAAGCAGUUCCUAAAAUGUCAUGUGAGUUUCUUUUUUCAGUAACUCCAGGGACAGGACUGAUGGUACUUGCUCCCUGACACACUGAAAUAACUUCACUCAGCUGCAGAAUGCCUCAGCUCCUGGGCAAUAGCAGUUCAGAGGAACAGGCUGCUGUGUAUUAUGCAUCGGUAUCAAUUGUCUCCAUUGCUAUCUUCAUCAUUGUUUUCAUCACAGGCAUCCCAGGCAAUGGAUUGGUAAUCUGGGUAGCUGGUCUGAAAAUGAAAAGGUCUGUGAACACUGUGUGGUUCCUAAACCUUGCUGUGGCUGACAUGAUGUGCUGCUUGUCCUUGCCAUUUUUCAUUGUUCACCUGGCCCUCCAUGAACACUGGCCAUAUGGUUGGUUCCUCUGCAAAGUCAUUCCAUCAGUCAUAAUCUUCACCAUGUUUGCUAGUGUCUUCCUACUCGUGGCCAUCAGCAUCGACCGGUGCCUCCUUGUCAUGAAACCUGUCUGGUGUCAAAACCAUCGGACAGUGAAAUUUAUAUCGCUAAUAUGCAGUGGCAUUUGGAUCCUGGCCUUCAUUUUCUGCUGUCCUGUCUUCUACUACCGUAAGACAAGCACUUAUGAUGGCAAAACUGAGUGUGGGUACAGUUUUGGAGACGAUCAGGUGCUAGAUUAUAUAAAUGAGUCUGCAAAUGAGUCAUGGGAAGAAUACUCACCUCUAGCCUACAAUGGUAACGACUUGUUGGGAAAUACCUAUGAAGGUGAUUAUUCUGUACCCCUUGCCUUAGUGGUAAUAAACAUCACUAGGGCUGUCUUUGGCUUUGUGCUCCCCUUUGGCAUAAUGGCAGUUUGCUACGUCCUUAUUGUUUUCAGAACUCGCGCAAAUCAGUUUAGCAAACUGCACAACAGGAUGCUGCGAACAGUUGUGCUCGUGGUAGCUGCGUUCUUCACCUGCUGGGCUCCAUACCACGUGGUUGGGAUUCUCUCCCUUGUACCUAGUCUUAGAACAGGACUGACGGAGUCACUGAUCCUCUGGGAUCACCUUUCUACAGCACUUGCCUAUGCCAACAGCUGCAUCAACCCCCUGCUCUAUGUUUUUGUGGGACGGGACUUCAGGGCAAAGGUACGGCAAUCAGUGCAAGGAAUCCUGGAAGGUGCCUUUAGUGAUGAACUCACAUGUUCAACCCUUCACAGAAGCCAGACUUCGGCAGAGAAGAAUAUUAGCAGCACAGUGUAAUGCAGGACUUCCUCUCACCAUUGCAGAAAGACCAAGCUAUGGCCCUGCACAUCAGUCACUGUUUAACAGCUGUUUUUGCUCUAACACAUUUCAUUAGCCUGCAACUCCACACCCAGGACACUGUAUGGUUCAGAUCAUGACAAGUAGCCCCUUUACAUCCUACUCUAGAGAUGGGAAGUUGGAAGUAUCAAGAGUGAGGGAAGACUCUGGUGAAGCAGAAGAGAGAGAGAGUAUUUUAACACUUAAAGAAGAAAGCAGGGCUGCAGAAUGUGGUGGGAUCAUGUAGCUGAACCUCUGAAUUGAGAUGUUAUUUUAUUUCCAUAUGUCUAUGUUCUACAUCUCCUGUCUCUGAUAAACUGCAGAUAAAACUCACUUUGAUGUCUCUCCUCA